AUGGAGAGCUGGGGGAAUCAGCAUCGAGAGAACAUUAAGGAAAGGUCUCCAGAGUUGCUGCAAAAGGCUACGUCCCAGGCACCCACCUACUGGAAGCAGGACAACCACCCACGUGGAGUCAGUGAGGGGACCAGCAUGCGGGACACACCGCCCGAGGCCACAGCCAACACAGCUGGAGAGGGCAGAGGAGCGGAGGCUGGCAAGGCCAGUCCGAAGAAGCCAGGCAGAGCACCCAGCACAGCCAGGAUGGCAGCAACAGAGACACAGGCGAGCAAGGACGCCGUGGGGGACACACUGCCCCCGAGAGCUCAAGUCGAGGGGGUGGCCUCUGGCUGGACAGAGGCACCGUCGCUGAACAGUCAGGACCCGAGGACGACCAAGGGUCGGGACCAGAGCGCGAGGCCGACGGCCAAAAGGAUGGUGCCCACGAAGCUGCAGGGCAACGCAGCCGCCACAGCAAGGACACCCCUUCCAGAAAAUCAGGCUGGGGUGCAGACCCCUGCGGGAGCGGGGCCAAUGGGAAAGGAGUCAGAGGAACCACCAGAGAGGCUGUCCCACCCAAGAAAAGAGCCCAGGCCACCCGCGUCCUCAGCCCCUCUCCAGAGCCCCACCACCCAGAGAGGCCAGAGAUUGCGGGCCGCCAACUUCAAGUCUGAGCCGCACUGGGAUUUUGGAAAAUACAGCCUGGAGGUGAGCGGCCUCCAGACGACCUGCCCUGACUCAGUGAAGAUCAAAGCCUCCAAGUCACCCCGGCUCCAGAAUCCCUUUCUGCCCAACGUCACCCUCUUCCUGGACUCCAGACACUUCGACCAGAGCGAGUGGGGUCGCCUGGGGCACUUCGCUCCACCCUUCGGCUUCAUGGAGCUCAAUUUCUUGGUGCAGAAGGUCGUGCCCUGCUUCCCCCACCCGGCGCCCCAGCAGCAGCUGCUCCUGGCCAGCCUCCCUGCUGGGAGCUCCCGGUGCAUCACCUGUGCCGUGGUGGGCAACGGGGGCAUCCUGAACAACUCCCAAGUGGGCCCAGAGAUAGACGGCCAUGACUAAUUGUUCCGACUGAGUGGAGCUGUCAUUAAGGGCUACAAACAGGAUGUGGGUACUCGGACGUCCUUCUACGGCUUUACUGCCUUCUCCCUGGCCCAGUCACUCCUUAUACUGGGCAAUCGGGGUUUCCGGCAUGUGCCUCUGGGAAAGGCGAAGGCUCCAGGAAGCUUUCUGGGAAGCUCUGCAGUUGGACCGAUACCUGUUGCUGCACCCAGACCUGCUCCCAUACGUGAAGAACAGGGGAGAGCAGAAAGCCGGUAG